CCCUGUGAUUUGGAAGACUUGAUCCCAGAAUUUGUCUUCUAGGCAUCCAUCUAUGUUAUAAAUCCAAAACGUUGACAAGCAACAAGCUCCAUCAGUCGGAUAGUUGUAGUAGUUGAUAUAUGUUAUAGUUUUAAACCACAGGCUGCUGUGAGCCUAUAUACUGUCUAUGCUUUAAGCAUCUGACACAUUGGCGAUAGUGCUGCCUGAGAGGCUAAACGCAGGGCAUAAAGACCCCGGGCUCAUAGUGCGCGGGUUAUUUAGUUAUUUACAAAUUGUAAACUGCGCCGUUUUGCUACCGCUAACGUUUGUCAUCAAACGGGCAAUAUAGCUAGCUAGCUGGCUCACCAGAUUUUACAUGAUUACAUAGUGGUUCCUUACUUGAUUUUAGAGAGUGGAUUCAAAUAAAUGCAUUUCGGGAGCUAAUCAAGUAACGUUAAGAACAGUUAUUAAAAACAAAAUGAUAGCUAGCUAACCGUUAGCAUAACCUAGCUAGGUAUCGCUCUCGGAAACAAUCGUCUAACGUCUAAAGUUGGCCUAGCUAGCUAACCCAAAUGGAGACAAAUUACCCUACCUUGAGGAGACCGAAGAGGAAACUCUGCUACCUUACAAACAAGGAAAGUGCAUCUAAACAAUGGGAAGGAACACUGACAUUGGGAGACAUUGAUAGGAUUUUUGACGACUUGGAUCCAUCCUCACAUGAUAAUGAUGACCUAUUGCCCCCAUCUACUCUGCUCCAGACAUUUGAUAUUGAGACAAACCAGUGUAAGAAAGAGACUUCACCUGUCCCCCCGGAACGACACCUAACGGAACAACUUCCAGAAUGCCAAAUGGGUCCUAAAGGAGAUGUACUACAACCUGCAACAAGGUCACUCAGUCCUAAACUAGACAUUGAUUUGGACAUCCCAUUCAAAGCACAUAUGCCAGUGAAGACAUCUAGCCCUAUUGAAGAGAAUAUGGUUGUUGAAGAGCUAGACAAUGAAAAAGACCAAGUUGCGUCACCACUUCUCUUUGCCUGUGAAGAUGAAGGAAAAGAAGAGGCAAAUACAGAGCCUCUACUCAUCCAAAACCCCCAGUGCAAUGGACAUGUCACAGAUGAAGACAACUCUCAGUUGGAGUCUCCUCCAAGCAAGAUUGUUUUAAGCAAACCCAAGAUGUCCAAUCACAAGAACAAGGUGGAGGGAUCAUGCAAAGAGAGUCACCCAGUCAAAGAAAAAACACCCAAAAAACCUCCAGCACCUGUUUUGGAAGGCAAAAUAAAAACCCCAAAGCAAGAAAAUUCAGGCCCACCUGUGUUAGCAGUGAGACAGAAGCCUGAACUUGUAGAUCCUGAGAAAAAAAUAGAAAAUGUUCACAUGCAGCCAUCGGUGGAGUCCACCCGUGUAGGAAAAGACAUGCCGGCGUUUCUUAAGAAGCUUAGAGAUGCCGGACAACCCAAACCUGCAUGUUCCGGGAGGUCACCGGUGAAAGUACCCACUCCUCCUCCUGAGCCAGAGGAUGAUUUCCUGAUUCUGGAGGAUGAUAGACCACUUUGGUUUUCCAUCCCAAGUAAAACUGCCACCAGUAAGAAACGGAGACAAAGCAGGACUCUCAUCAACGACAAGGACAGGUCAACAGACAAGGGCACUCAGGAUAGCCCUCUGGGGACUGCACAAAAACCGCAGGAUUCUGAACAGACAAAGAGCAAACUGGGAAGUCAAACUGUCAAUCAGAAAACGAAGAAGGUGAAAGGGAAAAAUGAUGUGAUUGAGCCUGAAAAUGAUGAUGAAUUGCCCAGUCCUGAGGAUCCUCCUGAGGGGGACUUAAUGGAAGAAGAGAAACCAAACAAAAAGAAACAAGUUAAGAAGGUACCAUCUGAAGAACAUGACAAGGAAGAGGAGAACCCUGAAGAUGGAGUCAGAAGGAAAUGCAUAAAGAUCAACUCGCUUUGAAAAUGGAAAAGAAAGCUCAGAAGUCUUCUGACAUGAAGAGAUCAAAGUCUUUAAAAGAUGGAAAUCAAAAGGCCAAGAAAAGCAGGGCUACUA